AUGUUGCCUAUUGCUUCAUUUAGUAUAUUAUCAUUAUUACCAUCAAUACACCAUGCCAAGGUUGUUGCAGAAGAGUCCAAGAGGAUCAAAGCCUGUGAAGAUGAAGGAGAAGAGUUGAAAAUUACAGAGCCAAACACCAACAAAAGCAGUAACAACAAGAAGGAAGCUUCUGGUGAUGCUUCUAAGGAGAAUUCAAAGGUUUCUGAGGUUCAAAAGCCUGAUUUUAUCCACGUCCGGGCACGUCGUGGUCAAGCCACUGAUCGCCACAGUUUAGCUGAGAGAGUUAGAAGGGAGAAAAUCAGUGAAAGAAUGAAGUAUCUGCAAGAUUUAGUACCAGGAUGUAACAAAAUCACAGGCAAAGCUAGUAUGCUUGAUGAAAUCAUCAAUUAUGUUCAAUCUCUUCAACGGAAAGUAGAGGUAAAAAAAUAAUGGAGAAAGAACAUAUGGAUUUGUGUAUGAACACAAAAAUUCUUUUUCAUUUCUACUAAUUACUUAA